UUCAAGGCUUUCAAUAUGCUGGAAACUUACGGGUCCAAGUCGGUGCUCAGCAGCAGCGAAGUCUCCUUCCCAAGAGGUGGAGCCACUGCCUUGACUCCACUUGAAGUGAAGGAAAUCUCCAAUGAAGCCACGAAAGAUGUUCUUUUUGAAGCCGCUAAUUCUGCAAAGAGAACUGCUUCCAGCAAGACAGACAGACCAGCCAAGAAGGCAAGAAGAGCUCCUAAGAAAAAGAGCCAAGAAGAUGCAGACGAAGCAGAAGAAGACUCAAAAGUCCAGAUCGAGAAUAUCACCUUUAAGAGUUUGAUUCCAGGCACUCUCGUAUUGGGUCAGAUUACUGCUGUAGGAAAAUUGGAUAUCACUUUGGCUCUUGGCGAUAACCUCGUUGGUUACAUCCCCAUUACGUCCAUAAGCGAAGAGUUGACCAUCCAAAUUGAACAGUACGAAAAGGCCGAAGAUUCAGAUGAAGAAUCAGAAGACGAAGAAGAUGAACAAGAAUCGGAAGACGGCAAGAUAAGAACCGCAACAUUAAAGAGCAAGUCACGCCCAGAAUUCCCCGAGCUCAAGACGUUAUUCUCCAUUGGCCAAUGGUUGAGGGCCAAGGUAGUCCAGCCAUCUUCCUCCCAGAACCAGAACCAGAAACAAAAGAAGAGAAUACAGCUUACUAUCGAACCAGAAACAGUCAACCAGCCUCUUGAAGACGAAGACUUGAUUCCUGGAAAUGCCUUACAAUGUUCUGUCAAGUCUGUGGAAGAUCACGGGAUUAUCAUGAAUACCGGCAGAGACGGCUUGUCAGGUUUCAUCUCCAACAAGGAAAUCAAGAACACCCCAGACUUGGACGUUGAAAUAUUGAAACCUGGAAAAGUCUUGCUUACUAGUAUUGUAUCCAAGUCAGCUUCUAGAACCGUCAAUUUGAGACCGAUUCACUCGACUUCAGUAUCGAAAAAGUCGGCUGUAACAUCCAUUUCUUCUGUAGAUGCCGUUUUACCAGGUAUUUUAGUGGAUGCACUUGUAGCUGAUGUCACAAAGAAUGGUUUGAUAGUCAAGGUAUUUGGAUUGGUAGAUGCUACCAUUAACUUGGCCCAACUACAGGAAUUUGACUUCAAUGCUUUGAAACACAAGUAUGCCAUUGGUAACAACAUAAAGGCUAGAGUCAUGGCUGUUCUCACCCGAGCCGGAUCUAAGAAGUUGAUCUUAUCGCAUUUACCCCACGCCAUUUCCUACACCAGUACUGCCAGCAACCCAGAUGCUUUAGAAGCUUUCCCAAUUGGUCAUGUGUUGGAAGAUGCUGAAGUUGUGGGCUCUGAUCCAAAUUAUGUCUUCCUCAAGUUUGGAGGUUCUAUUCUUGGUCAAGUGCACAACUCCAAGAUUGACAAGGAUAAGACACUUGAGCACGACUUUAAUCUUGGCUCAAAGCACAGUGCCAGAGUGAUUGGCUUCAAUAGCAUAGACAACUUAUUGGUGUUGACUAUGGAAUCCCAUGUCAUAAACUCUCAAUACUUACAUGCUUCUGAUGUUCCUAACGGAACCGCCGUCAAAUCAUGUGAGAUCAUCAAAGUUUUACCUGAAGCUGGUGGAAUUGUCAUUAAAGUUCUCGACGAGUUCGAAGGAUUUGUACCAGGCAGCCACAUGUCUGACAUCAAAUUGGUAUACCCUGAAAGAAAGUUCAAGGUAGGCAGUAAGGUCAGAGGCAGAGUGUUGAGCAAACAAGGUAACAAGUUAGUAGUGACAUUUAAGAAGUCGUUAGUUAACAUUGAAGACGAUGAAGUUUUGGCCAGAUUCGAAGAUGCAAAAAUUGGCUUCAAGACCCCAGCCAUUGUUGAAAAAUUUGUUCACAAUGGUGCCAUUGUGUCUUUCUUUGGUAACUUGAGAGCUUUCUUGCCCAAAAACGAAAUCUCAGAGACAUUUGUAAGCAACGCUAGUGAUUACUUGAGGUUGGGACAAACUGUCAACGUCAGAGUGUUAGACGUCAAACAGGAAGAAAAGAGAAUGCUAGUCACCUUGAGGCAUUCGUCGGAAUUGACCAACACCCAAAAAUCAUCCAUUGAUGACUUGCAACCAGGGAAAUCUAUUGUAACCGUAUCUGUUGUAGAAAAGACCAAGGACUCGGUUAUUGUUGAGUUGGAAGGCAACAGCUUGCGUGGUGUCAUAUAUACGGGCCAUUUGACUGAUGGCAACUACGAACAAAACAGAGCCUACGCUAAGAAAUUAUCCAUUGGCGAAAAGCUUGAAGUUCUUGUGCUCGAAAAGGAUUUAAAGGCUAGAACGGUUAUUGUUUCAGCCAAGAAAUCCUUGAUCGACGCUGCUAAGCAAGACGCCAUCCCAGCUUACUUCAAGGAUAUCAAGGUGGACAACAAGAUGUUGCGUGGUUUCGUCAAGUCUGUCACCAACAAGGGGUUGUUCGUAUCCUUUGCUGGUAAGUUGACUGGUUUGGUGUUGGCUAAAUAUGCAACCAGCAACGAAAACGAGGACUUAUUGAAGAAGUUCUACAAGUACCAAUCGAUUGCUUGUCGUGUUAUCAACAUUGAUGAGGAAAACAAAAGAUUCUUGUUGACUUUGAAGGAUGUCAACGGCUCCAAGAACAUCGACUCUGAGGCCGUAGUGAACCCAGUAGACACUAGCAAGAAGUUGAUUGGUGACUUUGUUCCUGGUAUCGCUACGAAGGCUGUCAUCAAGUCGGUCAAAGGUACUCAAUUGAACGUUCAGUUAGCUGAUAACUUACAGGGCAGAAUUGCAGCUACUGAGUGUUUCAACUCCUGGAAUGAAAUCAAGGAUAAGAAGCAGCCAUUGUCUCAGUUCCACAAGGGUCAAGUUAUUGAUGUUAAGAUUAUCGGUUUCCACGAUGCUAAGAACCACAAAUUCUUACCCAUAACCCAUACCAGAUCUAAUAAGAACAUCAUCCUUGAGCUUUCUCUCAUCAAGAAGGAUCUCGAAUCUUCCACUCCAUACCAGGAGUUGACCUUUUCUAGCAUCGUCCCCGGUUCCCAGCACAUUGUAUUUGUCAACAACAUUGCCAAGGGCUAUGUCUGGGCAUCAUUAUCUCCAAACAUCAGAGGACGUAUUUCUUUCAUGGAAUUGACAGACAAUGUUUCAGUGUUCGAUGAUCUUGAAAACAACUUGCCUAUUGGUUCUGCCAUCAGUGCAACUGUUAAGGAAGUUGACAAUGAGCACCACUCGGUUGUGUUGACAGCCAGAAAGAACAUGGUGGCUUCUAUCAAGGAUGUCAAAGUUGGUCAAAAGUACCCUGCCAGAAUUUUGAAAGUCAGAGACACCUAUGUUCUUGUCGAAUUGGGCGAGAAGGUUGUAGCCUCUGCAUUCAUUACUGAUGCAUUGGACAACUAUUCUGACAAAUUGGAAUCUGUCUUUACCACGAACGAGUUUGCUACUGCUACCGUCUUAGACAUCGACACCGAUUCAGAGAAGAUAGCUGUCUCCUUACGUACCGACAGCCCUACUGACAAGGUGAUCAACUCCAUUGCUGACUUGAACCGUGGCGAUGUCGUCAAGGGAUUUGUCAAGAAUGUAGCCAACAACGGUGUAUAUGUUUCAUUGGGCAGAUCUGUUCAUGCUUUGGUCAGAGUUGCUGACUUGUCUGACGCCUACUUGAAGGACUGGAAGAAGUACUUCAAGCCACAUCAGCCUAUUUUGGGUAAGAUCUCAGCCUGUAAAGAAGAAGGCAGAGUAUUGAUGACUUUGAAGGAAAGUGAGGUCAGCGGUGAGUUAAACGUCUUGAAGAGAUUCGACGAUUUGGUCGUUGGUGAAAUCUUUGAGGGUUCUGUCAAGCGUGCUACUGAUUUUGGUGUAUUUAUCAAGUUGGAUGGUACUCUCAACAUCACUGGUUUGUGCCACCACUCUCAAAUUGCUGACAAGGAUGUAGAUAAUGUUACUUCCUUGUUUGGUGAAGGUGACAGAGUCAAGGUCAAACUCUUAGCUAUUGACAGCGACAAGAAGCAGUUGUCGUUGGGUAUGAAAGCUUCAUACUUUACUACUGGUGAAGAAACUGAAGGAGAAACCGACGACAUAGAAAUGAAGGAAAGCGAUGACGAGUCUGAAGUUGAAGAAUCCGAAGAGGAAGAAGCCGAAAACGACGAAGAUGACGACGACGACGAAGAAGACGAAGAAGAAGACGUCGAAGAAAAAUCGACUGGUUCUUUAUCUGGGUUGGCCACUAAUGGAUUUGAUUGGACUGCUUCCAUCUUAGACCAAGCUGAAGAUGAUGACGAGUCUUCUGACGAAGAGGAUUUCACCCAGGACAAGAAGUCCAAAAAGAAAAAGCAGAAUAUCGUUGAAGACAAGACUGCUGACUUGAACACGCGUGCUCCACAGUCCGUGGCCGAUUUCGAGCGUCUUCUUGUAGGAAAUCCAAACUCUUCUAUUUUGUGGAUGAACUACAUGUCUUUCCAAUUACAAUUGAGUGAAGCCGACAAGGCUCGCGAGAUCGGGGAAAGAGCCUUGAAGACCAUAAACUACCGUGACGAGCAAGAGAAAUUAAACAUUUGGAUUGCCUUGCUCAACUUGGAAAACACUUUCGGUACUGAUGAAUCCUUGGAAGAGAUUUUCAAGCGUUCGACCCAGUACAUGGACUCAUUGACCAUGCACCAGAAGUUGGUCAGUAUCUACAGCAUGUCGGAGAAAUACUACCAGGCUGAAGAGUUGUAUAAGGUGAUGACUAAGAAGUUUGGCAAGUCUAUAUCCGUAUGGGUUCAAUAUGGUUCCUUCUUGUUGGACCGUAAGUUACAGGAAGAAACACAUGAGGUAUUGGCCAAGGCAUUGCAGACUUUACCCAAGAGAGAUCAUAUUGAAGUUGUGAGAAAGUUCGCACAACUCGAGUUCAGCAAAGGGGAUGCUGAACAGGGUAGAUCCUUGUUUGAAGGUUUGGUUGCCGAUGCUCCUAAGAGAAUCGACUUGUGGAACGUUUACGUGGACCAAGAAAUCAAACAAGACAACAAGAGCAAGGUUGAAGACAUCUUUGAGAGAGCUUUGGCUAAGAAGUUGUCAAGAAAACAGGCCAAGUUCUUCUUCACCAAAUGGCUUGCUUUUGAAGAAGAAAAGGGAGAUGAACAGAUGGCUGCUAGAAUCAAAGCCAGAGCCGUUGAGUACGCCCAAUCUCACAAGUAGCAUUACACUGCAAACAAACAUGAAAACCUCACAAGCAUUUUUAUUUUUAUCAUUACAACUGUCUAUAGAACCUAUUGUAUAUUGCAUUUAUUUACUUCAUUCAUUUAAUAUAGAGAAUAGUUU